UGAGACUAGGAAGCGGGACGCCAAAUCUGUCCCCGCGCAGCCGCCGCGCCGGGCGCCGAGCGGGGCGGCCGGCCUCCCCGAGGCGCGCCUGUGCACGUUCCCACGCACGCUCCGGCGUACGGCGGCGGCCAGGGGUCGCGAGCCGGUGAAGGACCCGCGCUCCGAGGAGCCCGGCGAUUCAGCGCCUCUUCCCUCCCUCCCCCACUCCCCUCCCCGCUCCCUCCCCCCCGUCCCCAAGAAUGUUCCGCUACGAGUCUUUAGAGGAUUGUCCUCUGGAUGAAGAUGAAGAUGCAUUUCAGGGCUUGGGAGAGGAAGAUGAAGAGAUUGAUCAAUUCAAUGAUGAUACAUUCGGGUCAGGUGCAGUUGAUGAUGACUGGCAGGAAGCACACGAGCGCCUGGCUGAAUUGGAAGAGAAGCUUCCAGCAGCAGUUAAUGAGCAAACGGGCAAUGGAGAAAGGGAUGAGAUGGACUUGCUGGGUGACCAUGAGGAGAAUCUGGCAGAAAGACUCAGUAAGAUGGUGAUUGAAAAUGAACUAGAAGAUCCAGCUAUCAUGAGGGCAGUGCAGACCAGGCCAGUCCUGCAACCCCAACCAGGGAGUCUCAAUUCCAGCAUCUGGGAUGGAUCUGAAGUUCUGAGGCGAAUCCGGGGACCACUGCUAGCUCAGGAAAUGCCUACAGUGUCUGUAUUAGAAUAUGCCCUGCCUCAGAGGCCCCCACAGGGCCCAGAAGAUGAUCGGGACCUUUCUGAGCGUGCCUUGCCGCGGCGGUCCACAUCACCUGUCAUCGGGAGCCCUCCCGUCAGAGCCGUCCCCAUCGGCACCCCACCUAAGCAGAUGGCUGUACCCAGCUUCAGCCAACAGAUCCUGUGCCCGAAGCCUGUCCAUGUCCGGCCCCCGAUGCCACCGCGCUAUCCUGCUCCCUACAGUGAGAGGGCUUCCCCAAACCAGCUCUGCACUGUCCCGAACUCUUCCCUGCUGGGUCACCCUUUCCCUCCUAGUGUCCCUCCUGUCCUCAGCCCCCUCCAGAGAGCACAGCUUCUGGGAGGAGCACAGCUGCCGCCUGGACGGAUGUCUCCCAGCCAGUUCGCACGGGUUCCUGGAUUCGUUGGCAGCCCGCUUGCCGCAAUGAAUCCCAAGUUGCUGCAAGGGCGAGUGGGGCAGGUGCUGCCCCCAGCGCCGGGCUUCCGGGCCUUCUUUAGUGCCGCACCCCCUGCCGCGCCGCCUCCCCAGCAGCACUCCCCUGGCCCGGGGCCUCACCUGCAGAACCUAAGAUCUCAGGCCCCAAUGUUUAGACCAGACACAACUCACCUCCAUCCACAGCACCGCCGGCUCUUGCAUCAGCGACAGCAGCAGAACAGAAAUCAGCAUCGGAGUCUCAAUGGUGCGGGAGAUAGAGGAAGUCACCGGAGCAGCCAUCAGGACCAUCUCCGAAAGGACCCCUAUGCCAACCUCAUGCUGCAGCGAGAGAAGGACUGGGUCUCCAAAAUCCAGAUGAUGCAGCUGCAGAGCACUGACCCCUAUCUGGAUGACUUCUAUUACCAGAAUUACUUUGAAAAACUGGAGAAACUGUCAGCUGCUGAAGACGUGCAAGGUGAAGGCCCUAAAAAGGAGCGCACCAAGCUCAUCACCCCUCAGGUGGCCAAGCUGGAGCACGCCUAUAAGCCAGUGCAGUUCGAGGGCUCUCUGGGAAAGCUCACGGUCUCUAGUGUGAAUAAUCCCCGAAAGAUGAUCGAUGCCGUUGUGACCUCUCGGAGUGAGGAUGAUGAGACAAAAGAAAAACAGGUUCGGGACAAGAGACGAAAAACCCUUGUCAUAAUUGAGAAAACCUAUAGUUUACUCCUUGAUGUGGAGGAUUAUGAAAGGCGGUACCUCCUAAGUCUAGAAGAAGAGCGACCCGCCCUGGCAGAUGACAGAAAACACAAAAUCUGUAGCAUGUAUGACAACUUAAGGGGGAAGUUGCCUGGACAAGAGAGGCCAAGUGAUGACCACUUUGUACAGAUCAUGUGUAUCCGAAAAGGGAAGAGAAUGGUUGCCCGUAUUCUUCCUUUCCUCUCCACAGAGCAAGCAGCUGACAUUCUCAUGACAACAGCCAGGAAUCUCCCUUUCCUUAUCAAGAAGGACGCACAAGAUGAGGUGCUGCCAUGCUUACUGAGUCCCUUCUCCCUCCUGCUCUAUCACCUUCCGUCAGUGACUGUCACCAGCCUUCUGCAACAGCUAAUGAACCUACCUCAGAGCGCGGCCGCGCCGGCGCCCUCUAACCCUCACCUCGCUGCUGUGCUCCAGAACAAGUUUGGCCUGUCACUGCUCCUCGUCAUCCUGAGCCGUGGGGAAGACCUCCAGAGUUCAGACCCUGCUUCAGAAUCCACACACAGCAGCCAGUGGACAGAGGUGAUGUUCAUGGCUACCCGAGAACUCCUGCGGAUGCCCCAGGCAGCCCUGGCCAAGCCAAUCUCUAUACCCACGAACCUGGUGUCCCUCUUUUCUCGCUAUGUUGACCGACAGAAACUGAACUUGCUGGAGACAAAGCUGCAGCUAGUUCAGGGGAUACGAUAAAAGAUCUCCACAUGUGUCCUGUACCUCCUUUUGGCUGCCACCUGCACUGCCGCCAUCACAAGGGAGUGGUUUUUAAUGAGGGAGGGAAGGUAGCUUAUUCCCCAAAGCGUCUUGUGGGACCGAUUCCCAUUUGCAGGGGUCGCCUCUGAAUGGCAGGGACUCCCCGCUGCUCUGUGAAAGCUGGCUGGCUGCCACUUCUGCUGGGUUCUUCUUACCGUCUGUGUUGCAGUUCUGCAUGUCCUGCCCUCCCUCGGGUCCUCUCAGUUUUGCAUUUUCUUUGCCCUAGAGACACAAAUAGUAUCUCUCCCUUUGUCCCAGCACCACUGCUCCGGGUCAGAGUAGACUGUAGCCUUCCAAGGGCUUCCUUCCCUCGUCCUGUUAAAGUCUUCUUUCGUUGCCCCGUAUUAACACGACUGUAGGAGAACCAAUUAAGUAGAAACCGAUAUAGACAGAUGCGCGCACAUCCCUCUCCACGCGCUCGUGUGGGCUCCAAGGGGGCCUUGAAGAACGAGUUUUAGACGGGGAAAUAUGUAGUUGACACGUUCCUCCUCUAAAAACAAAGCAGCUGAUGUAUUUUUAAUCUGUUUCUAGUCCAUUCUGUAAUUAAUUUGGUGGGUUCUACUUGUUUUAAUAUAAACGCAGGGUAUGGAGCACGUUAAUAAAGUCAGAGCUCUGAAUCGGCUGACACCCAGCUCUAGGCUGAGAAGUCCUGUCUCGUCCCCGCCACACCUGCGUCCUCCCCGCCCCCCCCGCCCCCCGCCCCCGUGUCUGUCCACCGCAGUGAAACCGCACACGGUUAAGCCCUUUACCCACCUCGGCGGCGGCACCUGGGACCUGUCCCCUCCACGACCCGAAAGCUUGCCCCCAACGAAGCGGACGAGGGCCUGCCUCCACAGCGUAGCGUUUGCACAGUGUCAGUAAGCCUUGCCCUCCAUUCCCUCUCCCCGCCUGCGUCGGCGUCAUGCGCGGCAGCCUCCCGUGGCAGCCGCCGAAGCAGGGUUCGGCCCACCGCGCCCCGCAGGCCCCUCCACGCCACGGACUCGCCAUCCCUCCCCUGUCCCCCAGGCCUCUGGGGGCCUGGCUGCACGUCCCGGCAGGGACAGCCGGCCGUGUCCUGUGCACCUGGCCCCGUCCUGCAUGGCAGCCACGCAGGAGGAGGGGUUUGAUCCCGAGUGAUUACAGCCUUCGAGACCAUCAAAUCAGAGUCCGUUUCUCAUGACGUCCUGAUUACGCUUUUUGCUCUUCUCACCUUUUCAGACGUUAGUGGGGGGACAGGUUAUGCUGUUUAAAGAGAAUCACCAUUUUGCACAUACACGUAUUGUACAACCAUAAAGCCCUCCGUUACAGUCGGCUAUCCUCACUGUCCAUCCGUCUGUCCCCGGUCCGUAGCCCCGGCCCCGCCAGCUGCUCCGCGGUGACAUGACCUAGCGUCCCUGGGCCCUCACCUACUGACUGUUUCCACCAUGCACCUCUCCUCCCUGCCCCUCACAACCGAUCAAGUGAAUACUUGACUAUUAUUUCUUCCUUUCUGUGCUUUAUCUUUUUUGUUUGGUUCUAAUUAAUAAAAAUUAAAGUUUCUAAAUUUA